CAGUUAGAUACCAUUCAAGGUAGAGGACAAUUGGCUUGGACGCACUGAAAUUCCUGCACCGAAAUGCCCUCUAACCCUGUUUGACCCCCACUCGAUGAUUCAACCCCCAUCCUUCCGGGAUUCGUCGACCUUCACGCCCAGCACAGUCUUAAGCGGCCGUGCGCCCUCUUGUCAGCUGGGCCUGGCUUACCAGUGGACGCUAUCUUGUUUGCGGAGCCUCGACAAUGAGGUUGUCGUCAUCCUCGUCAACUGCGACUCGUCGCUGUAUCUCGCCUUGUUAGCGGGAAUGAUGAGAGCAGGCGUAGUGCCAUUCCCCAUGUCGCCUAGGAACUCUGCACCGGCUAUAGUCAAUAUGCUCAAGCGCACGUCCCGCCGCAGGAUUAUCUGCCAGCCCAUAAUCAUCGCUGAGUCCACGAAUCGUGAGGUUAUUUUGGGAGCGACGGCACUGCCCACGUGUCACCUCAUGGGCAUAUGCAUCCAGCUGUACUAUCCUCUCGUGAGCGGGCUCCCAGUAUGCUUGUUCACUCCCAAAGCGCCUGCAUCGCCUGUGUUUCCUACCCCGCGCAACACCAUCGAAGCGGCCGAGGCCGCCAAGUGUACGAAAUUCUUGACGGUCCCUGCGUUCGCCGAAGCGUGUGCGAAAUUGAAGGAUGACGUCGAAUAA